AUGGAAAUAGUUAUUCAUGAAAUGACUCAUGUUUUGGGUUUUAGCAAUAGUGAUAUACCUAAAUAGCUAACUUCUAAUGAAUCUACUCAUAUUGAUAAUACUAUUACAUAAAAAAUUAGGGGAGUUGAUAAUUUACUAAUUAAAACUCCUAAUGUUUUGAAGUUUGCUAGAGAAUAUUUCGGAUGUUUUACUUUAGUUGGUAUGCCUCUUUAAAAUUCAAUAGGUAAUGAUUCUGAUGAUUCGCAUUGGAAAAACACAGACAUAUAGAACGAAUACAUGAAUUUAUUAAUGACACCUAAUUAGGCUUAUUUUAGUGGUUUUACAGCUAAUCUUUUAAGAGAUACAGGUUUCUAUACUCAAAUAAACAAAAAUAUGGAAGAAUAAAUGUUUUAUGGAAAAGGAGCAAGCUGUGAACAUGUCAUGGGUAAAUGUGAUUCUACUAAAAGAGAAUUUUGUAAUCCUAAAACUGAUGAUGGAUUAUGUGAUUAUUACCACCAUGGAUAAUUUUCUUGUAGUGUUCGUAAAUUAAAUGAUCCUGGCUGUAAUACUUUAUAUACUUACGUAAAUUGA